UGCUGCUGCUGGGGUAGCCGCUCUUCCCGUUCUUCUCCUGCGUGUCCACCUUGAUGAGCCUGUUGAUCUAUGGUCGGCCGGAGCACCGCCGUUGUCGCGCAGUAAGCACCCAGCUGUUCCCGCCGGGCCCGGGCCGCAGCCGCCCGGGGAUUGGCUGCGGAGGAGCGGCUCCGCCCCGCGCCCCGCGGAUCUCGGAGGAGGCGGGGCACGUAGGGAGAAGGCGCGAAGGCUCGGCGUCUGACUGCAGGAGAUCCUGUUGGAAAGAAACUGCAGCAUGUCCUGGAGCAGCAGUGACUGCCGACCCUCUGCUCAGCUGUUUGGGAAGAAUGGAGCGUUGGCGGAGCAGAAGUCUCCAGGACUCAAGAAAAGAGAGACAGAGGUGUAUGUUGGCAACCUCCCGCUGGAUGUCUCUGAGGAGGAAAUUCGGUGCCUUCUAAAGGACUUCAGCCCUCUCCAUGUCCACAAAAUCCAGAAUGGCUGCAAAUGCUUUGCGUUUGUAGAUCUGGGCUCCGUGCAGAAAGUGGCACUUGCCAUCCAGGAGCUGAAUGGGAAGCUCUUCCACAAACGAAAACUGUACGUGAAUUCAAACAAAAGGUCUCCCAGGAGGACCCCCGAUGUGGCCAAGUGGCCCCAGGAGCUGCCGGUUUUGGAGAAGUCCUCUGGUCAAGGACUUGCCAGAGCCCCUGCUUGUACGCAGCUCACUCCUAAAGCUUCUGGUGACCCCCGGGAGACAGAGAAACCGAGGAUGAGCUUCUUUGCAGUUCCCAUGGAAAUGAGAGGGUCCUUCUUGGUGCUGCUCCUGAGGGAAUGCUUCCGAGACCUGGGCUGGCUAGCCACCGUCCACAACAUCAGCGGGGAGGUGGGGCUGCUGGUGACCAGUAUUGUCCCUCAGACCCCCUUCUUCUGGGCCAUGGUCGUCACUGAGACCCUGCACCAGAACAUGCAGGCGCUGUUCAGCGCCCUGGCCGAGGCUGAGGAGCAGCAGCCCUACCUGCACGAUUCAGCCGUGCGGCGCGGGACCCGCUGCCUGGCCGAGUACCACCUGGGCGAUUACGGCCGGGCCUGGAACAGGUGCUGGGUGCUGGACCGAGUGGACUCCUGGGCUGUGGUCAUGUUCAUCGACUUUGGCCGUUCCGCCACCGUCCCGGUACAGUCCCUGCGCAGCCUGGAUAGUGACAGCUUCUGGACCAUUCCCCCUCUGACUCAGCCAUUCAUGCUGGAGAAAAAUGUUUUGAGUUCAUACAAGGUUAUCCAUCGCAUCCUCAAAGGGAAAAUCACUGGUGCUUUGAAUUUGGAGGUAACUGCCCUGUUAUCUCCUGUAUCUUCUGUUUUCCCUCCCACCCCCUGAGGGUCUCAGCCACCAGCCCUAGUCUCGGCCUGGAUAUCACAUGCUCACCUGUCAGUCCCUUCAAGGAAACAAACUGAAGUUGCCCAAGGGGUUGGGUGGACUGGCUGGGGGCGGUCCUUCCUUCCCACUCAGAUUUUCUUUCUCUUCCAGUCACACAUCCUGAAGUUUGAAGAGUUUAAAUAACAAGGCUGCAGUCAGCAUGUUCCAUUGUCCUGUCUGGCUUCUGCCUGCCUUUUCACUCUUGAGGCCUUGGGGGUGAAAAAAGACCACACUUGGAGCCAGGAUUGACUGGAUUCCCAUUUACCUUUACCCCCAGCUCACCUCUCAAUUUGUCCCAUGUCUUCAGUCCCCCAGCUAGCUCAUCGUGAACAUUUGAACCAAACGUGGGAAGCCUGGAGGUCUGAGGUAGCCAUUGUGUUCUUUCCUGUCUCUUCUUGGUACCCGCAGAGCAUAAUAUAAGUUGUCCUAACAGGUUCUGGAGAAUGGAGGGCCCACUGCUUAAUUUUACCGGUGUUGCGUUGUAGAAUCAGGUAGGGAACAUUUAAAUGUUGAGCUGUCACCUUGGUGAAUAAAUGUUGGCAUGCUUCAUGAGUGUGGGGCGACUGAUUCCUCUAGGGUCCAGCCGCCCCUCCCCAGCUCUGCCCUCUGAACCUGAUGCAGUGAGACUGGGAAGCUGCUGGGUGCCCUGCGCCGUGCUCAGCACCGACUGUGCGCUGUGCGAACCCCGCCUGGGAUGUAGAUGGGCACGCGUGCAAAGGGUAAAAGUUUUUGUUUCAUUUCUCCUCGCUUUCUUGGUGGUGAGAACAUUGAUUCAGGAUGAUGUCUCUCGAUUCUUUUUUUAAAGCUGUGUAACGUCAUUAGAAGCCUAACCUGAGGUCAUAAAAGGGAGUGAGGUGUGGCCAGAAGAGUGGAUUCUCAAGAGUUGGUGGCACACAGCCCACUGGAGCCGGUGCUUCCCUUACAUCAGGUGGACAGUUCUUUACAUAAUUUGAUUAGAUCAAACUGUUUAAUUUUAUUUGUUUCAUCCUUUGGUAGAUGAGAAAAAUACAUCACAAAAUACGUUAUACAGAGGACGGCUCACAGUACACAUGACUAAAAACAAUCUGUGUUCCAGCCAGGGCUGGUGGUAAGUUCAGAAGCCACAGAGGCCUUGAAAACCAGAUUUCAGCUCUGUGACCUGAGUUUUCCUCUGGGGGCCCCUCUUUACUUCAGCCUCAGUAUAAAUCAACGCCCUGUAUGGGGCGGGUGCAGACAGAGUCAGAGCAGCGUUGAGGGGAACUGGUGAACUCUGCAUCCACCUGAAGGAGCAAGACACUAAGCUCUCUUGAAAGAAAAGAGGGGAAAUGGCCAGUGUUAAAACUGCUGUGUCAAAGCAUUACACAACUCCGGCAUUCUCCAGGUUCCCAGACGGCUGUCGUAAAUCUGGGCUAAGACAGUGUCUUCACUUCACCAUCCCUGGCAUUUGUCACCAUCCAGCCUGUAGGCAGAGUUGGUCCUCAGAAGCUGUCUCAGCCCCAAAGCAAGCUGAUCUGUGACCAGGAGAGGUAGGCACCACGUGCCACGUGUCACACCUGCACUUCCAUUAAACAGGUGGACGGGGCACCAACAGCUCCACGCUCAGCAGACCCCCACCCUGCUCUCCCUGCAGCCGUUCCCAGAGUCGGGUGAGGAUGCAGGUGUGUGGAACAGCCACUUUGAAACUAUCCGUGUCCAGUAGGACCCACCUUAAGGGAGUGACUUGAAAGAAUCCUCAGUCCCCAAGCCGAAUAGCUCACCUCAGAGCUCUGCCUGGCUUCUCUGACAAGAUGAAGUGCAGGAAGAGACAGGAGCUGGAGCUAGCAGCCGUCACCCUUCAGUACUCGCUGGAAGCUGCUUCCCAGCAGGGAGGGGAGCCGUGAACUCGGGAGGGGCAGCUACUCAGCAUGUUGCCAAGACCAGAAAGACCAUGCACACGCCCCAGUCCCUGCUCAGUUCAUUUCAAAGCAAUUCUGUGAAGCAGCUGCUUAAGCCUCCUUCAUUUUUCUUAGAAAUUUGAAAACAUCUGUGACUAGAAAAGUAGUCCUAAGAAUUAAGGUCAUCAUUUCAGCCUGCCACACUGUGGUGCAGCAGGCCAGGCUCUGCAUUCCAAGGGGUGCGAGUGCUCGUCACUCCAGAGGCCUUCGAGAGAAAGCUGGGGGUGAGCCAGGCGUGGGCUCCAGCCCCACCUUCCUCUGGCUUUAGCAGUGAGUGGCAGCCUCUCUUCUCUACCAAAGCCACGGUGGUCUUGGCACUCCUCCCCCACCGCUCAAACAGUUCAGGGAUGGGGAGGGGUGGGAUAUGGGAAUAAAAAUAAAGAUGAGUCAAGACCAGCAUCUUCAAAUUAACAAACUGUAAUUGUUUUCCCAAAGAUACAUUUUUUUUUCAUACACAUCCAUCAUACACUGUAACCAAAAAAAGCAGUGUACAUGAAAUAAGAGAAAAUAAAUUAAAAAUCCAUAGCAUAGGUAAGGAGGCUCUAGUCUGGAGCACAGCUGAAUUUCCAGCAAUAUAAGGAGGCUUGAAAGUUUC